AUGCAAGAGCCGGCAGUUCGACUGCUCCCAAUGGCGCUCCAGGACAGCAAUCUACUGGACUGUACUCAGAUGAUCCUGGCGCCGCCCCCGCUGUUGACCCGUACCUGCGCAUGGCCAUGUACAACGUUCGCGUUUGCCAACCUGGCGCUGAUCUUGUUUGGAGUGAUCUUGUUCGGCCUCUACCUUCUCCUCAACGACUUUCUGCAGCCCCUCCUAUGGGCUGGCCUUUGUGCAGUGCUCCUUAAAGGAUACAAAGACUCCUUGGUUGAGUUCUGGGUCCCCUUUCUAGAACAAGGCCUUUCGUCCGUCCUUUCGGUCCCCUUCCUCCUGCUACGAGAUCUGUACAUAAAUAUCGCACUUGACACGUGGGCCAAUCUGAGCCCGUACCUGAGACCCCUUAUGAAGAAGAAGGAUGAAAAGGAGAAGGGCUCUGAUGAGAAGGUUCCGCUGAAGCGGAGGCGGAGCGCUCCUGCCAACAAGUUGAAGGAAAUGAAGAUGCACACAAGAUCUGAGAUACUAUUCGAGUGGCUGGCGGCCUUUGGCGUAGGCAGCUUGCUGUGGAGCGGUCUGCGCCUGCGCUACGGCCUACUCGUUGCCGCCUGCUUAUUGGGGUUUUGGACGCUUAUGGAGGUUGCAAAAGAAAACGGCGCCUCUCAAAAAGCUGCACCGGCAGCAGAGCCGAAGGCGGCUGGCUCGGUUGCAGGCAGGGUGGCGGAGCGAGUGAAGGCGGCAGACCGCUCGCUGGGCCAGAGCGCGCUGGCCCGCCUCCACACGCUGGUGACGGUCGGCCUGGUGGCGGGUCUCCUGUUGGGCGCGCUCGCGCUCGCGGCCUUCUUCUCAUACGCUAUCGUGAUGGAGACCAAGACGGGCGUCGAGGGGCUGAACGAGCAGGUGCAGCAGCACGGCAGCAAGUUCGCAGACUCCAUGGGCGUGACCAAGUGGCUGCAGGAGAAUGACGUCCCGGGGCUCGUGAACCGGACGUACGAAAAGGUACUGGGGACCGCCAAGGAGCAGUUCGACGAUCUGGUUGUGCGGUACAACUUGACGGAGGUGGUGGACACUGUUCGCGACAGUUUGGAUCUCUACUUUGCAAAGGGGGAGCAGGGCGAGGGCGCGGGGAACGGGACGCUCGUGGCGACCAGGCCCGCUUCGGAGUUAGCUGAACGAGUCCAGGUCAUUAAAGCAAAUCUCAUCGCGUAUCAGAUUGCCUACUGGUUGAUGCAGUUUCACGACGCGGUACGAGAGAUCCAAGCCGUCGUGGCUCUGGGGCCAGUGACCAAGCUGCCGGUGUCGGCAGAGAAACUGCGCGAGUACCUGCAAAUCGCGCAGAGCACUGGCGCUGCCGCUCUCCGGCUCAUUGUUGGACAGGGAUCCAACAUGCUCACGGGCGGCGCGACGUUGUUCGUGACGAGCUUCCGUAUGGUCCUGAGCGGCGCGUUGGGCUUCGUCAACUUCACGCUCCAGGCCGGCUUCUUCCUUACCAUCCUGUAUGCGCUGCUGUCCGCGGAGGAGGGCGCCGCCUCGAGUCAGCUCCUGGGACUGCUCCCCGUCUCGGACAAGCAGAAAGCCAAGAUCAGCGACGCGCUUUUCACGGCAAUCAGCGGCGUGUUGUUGUGCUCCGUCAAGCUGGCCCUCUUCCAGACCGCCUUCACGUGGCUCCUCUUCCGGGCCUUCCACAUCCACUUCCUGUACACAUGCACGUUGCUCGCUGGGUUAAACGCUGUGCUUCCGCUCUUGCCCAACUGGCUGUCCUCUCUUCCCGCGGGGCUGCAACUAGUCGCCCGGGGAAAUUACGUCGGGGGCGUCCUUCUUGUCGUUGCGCAUAACCUGACAAGCGGACGCUUGAGCGUUGUGGGUGGGAUGUCGGUCUUCAGCUCGCCGAUCCAGGGAGCGAUCUUCGGGCCUUUGAUUGUGACGAUCUUUGUAGCGCUUCGCAACCUCUAUUCCGAGUUCGUAGGCAAUCUCGGAACUGGGCCCGCCUGCUAUGAUUUUGCUUUUGCGUACGGCAACCCCUGCUUCAGCGACAGGAUUAUGUGGCUUCGGAAGUUGGAGACAUUUGUUGAAGAGCAGACGCUGGUGGAAGAGGACGUGCCGAUCAACAGCGCCAUUCUUGCGUCCAAGAGUUCAGUGUUUCUGAACAUGCUUUCCAGCGGCAUGGCAGAGUCCGACAAAGAUCGUCCAGUCAUCAUCAGGAUGAGCAGCAAUGACGAGAAGGGAGCUUUCCUGAGGAUGCUGCGAUUUGUCUACACAGGCGAGAUUACACUUUCGAGCCUCAUUGGUAGGGAUCGUGCAGAGGAGUUUUUGGAGCUGCUAGCGGUUGCCGACAAGUAUGCGGUCAGCAGCUUGGUCAGCGCUGUCAGUGAGGUUUGGGAGAAGCUGCUCGACGAUGUCGAUGUGCUGCAAUUUGCCGCUUUCUCUCUCCCUGAGACGUAUACAUCGCUGUACCGAGAGGUGAAAAACCUGGAGGAAAAAGCUCAGGAAGCUCUCGUUCGGAGGUUCAAGGGUGUUGGCACCUGGGAUGAUCUGGAAUUCAUGAAAGUGGGCUUAGAGUCAGUCAGUUUUUUGCUGGGAAAGGAGGAGCUUGAAGCGGAAUCAGAAGAGAAAGUCUUCGAGCAGACUCUAAAGUGGGUUAGAAAUACUUUCAAGACCACUGAAGAUCGGCAGACCGCCGUGUCGAAGCUGUGUGCACAUCUGCGGUUUGCACAAAUGUCGGCCGACUUUAUCGAGACCCAAGUAGCAAAUGCUCCCGAGAUGGACUCUCUCCCCGCGCAACGUCUGAUAAGAGAAGGUCUUGGUUUUGCUGCAUCUUCCUUGUCGAGAAAGGCUUCGAUGACGGAUAGCCGGUUUCAAAAGCGAGGAGGCUUUGAUUUUAGGAUUUAUUUCAGAGCCCUCCUAGCCGAAGAUGCUGAAGUGGAAAGCCAACAGGUGUCGCCUGCUAUUGUGAACCACAAUUGGAAGUGGCACCUGAUGGUGAAAAGGAUGGACCGGGAAGAAGAACCAAGCACUGUUGGGCUCUUCUUGGGUGCAUAUGAGACCUAUGAGGAGCAAUUUGCACAACAUUCUCUCCGUGUUCAAAUGAGCUUUUCUGCAAAGUCAGUGGCAGAAGGUGAAUGGGUUUCACUUGAGAAGCCCCAACUGCACCUGUUUGAAUCUGAGGAGAAAGACUGGGGUUAUCCAAACAUCUUUGGAGAUUCUUGGGAAGCAAUAUGUAGCAACAAGAAGUGGGUGGGAGCAUCUGGCGAGAUCACCGUUAGGGUUGAGGCGACUAUCUUGUCAAACUAAUAUCUGAGUGAGGCCCUCAAUCAUUACUGCAACUUCCAGCAACUACGACAUGAGUUACGAAUCUCGCGCAAGUGCUGAUCCAAGUGAGACAUGACUCCGGCUAUACACUUACUUAAAGCGGCAUGGCGUAGCAAGGUGUACGGUUUGGGGCCAUGGCUCUUCUUUGGGGCCUUCACAAAGUUCACAAUUCCUAGCUGUGCUUCCAGCGUUGUGAUACACUUAUCUGCUGCGCGGACGGUGAGCAUCGGUGCCAGUCGCUGGGUCGAGUUGCCUUCUCUAGUCCAAAAAGACAGAGAGUUUUUGUUGGCAGAUUCAAAUGGACGAAUUUUCAAAUUGCCAGAAUAUGCA